CCCGGUGCUCCCGAUUAGCAACUCCGGGCCUGUAAGCACGCUCACUGGGAGCUGUGUCUCUAGUCACAGCAAGCUACCUUCCUGUUCGUCUCUAACUUAUCUUGAAGGAUCAAUUUACUGGGUCCUCAAACUGCAUUUAGCAAAAGCCGUGAAUCUCAAUUGCUUCAUAAGGGCCGGCUCUCUGUUUGAUGUUAGUGAAUUUGUAAAAUUAAGGAGGAACCCAUUGGGGAUGUAGCAGAAGAUAAUUAAUAUCCAUUGUUUAUCUUUGUUACAUUUGGAAACUGCACAACCAUAUACAAAUAUGCAGAGGAUGUUAUUGCUGUCUCUUUUCGCAUUACUCGUGGACGGUGUGUUUGAUGCAGAAACAGGUACAAUGAUGUCUGUGAUGGAAGGAGAUUCUGUCACUCUACACACUAAUCUUACAGAAAUACUCAACGAUGAUACUUUACUGUGGGUGUUUGGACCUAAAGGCUUUGUCAUUUCCCAAAUAACGAGAAAAAACGACCUGACCUCUUUUUUCAUCACUGAUGAUGUGGGAUUCAGAGAGAGAUUGCAAAUGAAUCAAAUAACUGGAUCUCUCACCAUCAGAAACACCAGAAUCAAACACUCUGGACAAUAUAAACUAACCGUCUCUAGAAAAAAGACAACUACUAAGACAUUUAAUGUUACUGUAAUUGGUGUGGCUGGUGAGACGGGUGGAGUGAAGUCAGUAUCAGUGAUGGAGGGAGAUUCUGUCACUCUUCAGAAUGAUGUUACUGAAUUACAGGAGGAUGAUCUGAUAGUGUGGAGGUUUGGAGAUAAAGGCAUCCUUCUCGCUAAAAUCGAUGUGGAAACUAACGAGACUUCAUUAAAUGUUGCUGAUGAGAGAUUCAAAGACAGACUGCAGCUGGAUCAGACUGGGUCUCUGCUCAUCAAGAACACCAGAACUGAACAUUCAGGACUUUAUGAAGUACAGAUCAGAGGCAGUGAGAGCUCACAGCGAUUCCUUCUUUCUGUCACUGCUCUUCCUGAUCCGGGUCUGUCUCCAGGUCUUAUAGUUGGCAUAGCUGCUGCUGUUCUGCUGUUUUUGACUGCAGUUGUAGCUGUUGUUGUGAUUUACUAUUGUCACAAGUUCUCUGAACCAAAAAAGCAAGUGGUGAGGACAGAGCCCGUGAAGUCUGGAGACUUUGUGACUUUAAAUAUUGACUCUGAAAUAAAAAGCGAUGAUCUGAUACUGUGGACAUUUGGAGCUAAAAAUUGUCUCGUUGUUAAAGUUGAUUCAGGAACAACUACUAUUAGUGAGAAUUUCAUAGGCAGACUACAACUGGAUCAUCAGUCUGGAUCUCUGACCAUUAGAAACACCAGAACCAGAGACUCUGGAGUUUAUAAACUACAAAUCAUCAACAGCGAACAGACCACAUUUAGGAGAUUUAAUGUGACGGUCACUGAUUCAAUAGGAAAACAAGAAGAUGUGCAGGAAGCAUUUAUUUAA